CUGGAUUCUCGAUUGUGGUUUUAGGGUUUGGAGUUUGGUGUUUCGGGACCCGAGCGAUGGUGCGGUGGGGGGUGGCGAUCGGGCCCAGGCAGGUGACGGCGAGCGCUUGCUCCGCAGCUACGUCGAGUGCCCGAAGGCAGCCAAAAAUUAGCCCUUGAUGGCAGGUUUCGUGGAAAAGGCCUAGCGAAGGAUAUUUGGCGGGAUACGAGAUAAGGAAUGAUCGCGGGGCAUAGGACAAUCUAUACCAGGAGAAAUUGGAGAAAACGUGAUUCAUGAGAAAUUAUGAGUCGGAUGGAGUGGUUGUCCACGGUGACCUUGCAGUUUUAACUCGAGAAAAAGUUGAAGAUGGAAGCUGCAUGGACAUUAAUUGUUGUCAACAUAGCGCGAUUGUUGUUUUUAAAUGGCAACUUUUCCAUAAAUAUGAAGUGGAAUGUGCCUUUGGACUUCGAGGCCAUUUUUCACAAGUGCUCUUGAUAGAGGAACUGAAGAAUUAAAGCCAUGGGCAAGGUGUAUUUUUAGAGCGCAAUAUGAUUUCAGUGAAUUGCCAUCCUCUCUACUUUUUGCCCCAAAGCGCUUACGUGCUCCGCUUAUUUUUCAAGUCCUUUUUAUUUAUUUACCCCCUCUCCUCAUACUUUCCAGCUGGACUGGGGGGGGGGGGUGUGUGAAUUUGCCAAUCGAAGAAUUUGGUGUUUUUUUGAUGAAAAGUGGAAGGCCAAAGGGGACUUGAGGAGAAUGUCGAACUUUGUGAGACAUUCCGAUGAUCAUGCGGUGGGUUGCAGCGUCCGUGGGUGAGGAACAUUGGAAUCGCUGUUUUUGCAUCUGUGAAUCUACGAGGCACUUUGGAGUCGGGGAUGUUGUGUUGCUCGAAUGAGAUCAUGAACAAGUUGCAAGAAUCUGAGUUUUUGUGGAGGUUUCACAAUCUUGCCGGAGGACUGGAAGGAUGAGACAGAUUCGGUAGCAAUGGCAGACGAUGGGAGAUUUAGCUCAGUCUCUGUGGAGCGGAAGCCGGCGAGUGCUAUGGCAUGGGAUCCCAAGCCCAGUGAGAGCCAUUUUCAAAUCUUCCUGGCUUUGUUCGUCUUCUUCAUUUUGGGACCGCUGCCGUCUGCCUCCGCUGCUACUGCUUUGUCCGAUGUGACUGCUUUGCAUGAGCUUCGGGAAGCUUGGAAUGCGACUCUGGGAUUAGCUCAGAACUGGACUUGGGGGUCUGACCCAUGUUGGAAUCACUGGGAGGGCGUCUCCUGUUUCGAAGAGACUGUUGUUUCAUUGAGGUUGGAUGUACGUGGACUCGUAGGAGCCUUUUCUCCAUCGAUUGGCAAACUUAAGAACUUACAGUAUUUAAAUUUAGCAAACAAUCCUGGUCUCACUGGACCAAUUUCUGAGGAGAUUGGACAACUCAGUCGAUUAUAUGCUCUCGACCUGAGUCAUAACAAUUUUGGAGGGCCUUUUCCAGAAUUUCUGCUGAAACUUCCAGUGAUCAAAAGAUUGAAUCUUAGUUUCAACCAGUUGACCGGAGUUCUUGACGGCGGCGUGCGAACGUUUGGGCAUGUUAACAUCUUUCUGAUCAAGAAUAACAUCUCUGCAGUGGUCAAUUUACCAAGCCCCUUUAUUAAUCCAGAGCUUAGGGGCAAUCCCGUUUGUGAAGAUCAAUCCUCUCAUUUUCCUGACAUAUGUAGUUACUCCGGUAUCAUCCCCAAAGAGAUAUUAUGGCAACAGAAAAUGUCGUGUUCCACCGUGUGCGACCAAAACUCCGUUGUCCAUCCCGGCACUUGCGCUUGCUACUAUCCCUACAUUUGUAACAUGUAUUUUGGGUGGUCUCCAUCAUAUGGGUUUGAUGAGACAAGAAUUGAUAAUUUGAGAAGAGCUCUGGCUUCUGGAUUGAAGAUAUCGUUCGAAAAUUUAUGGAUUGAGAAUGCUACUUACUGGAACAUUAGUGAGCGGCAGCUGCUGGCGAAGGUCAUCUUCUAUCCUGCAUCACCAUCACGACUGUGGGAUAGGUCCCAGGUUAAUGAUAUUAAGUCUAAACUAAUUGGAAAAACCAUUAGGCUCGAAGGAUAUGAUCCAUAUGGGCUUAUUGCAUCUACCCUUCAAACAGCUCCAUCAAACACAGGGACCUUCGGAGGAGUCGUUGCUAUUGUGGCACUAUCAGGCGUUGUGUUAUGCAUUAACCUUAGAAGAAGGCCAAGACCUCCUAGAAUAGAUAAUGCCUUAGGGAUAUUUGACCUCGAUCUCGAACAUUAUCCAAGCUGCCUGUUCUUGUACGAUGAGCUGAGAGUUUCAACGAGGAAUUUCAAUAGAGGGAAUAAAAUUGGGGAAGGAACUUUUGGUGCAGUUUAUAAGGGCACUAUGGUAGACGGUAGUGAAGUAGCAGUAAAGGAGCUGCCACCAAAUAUCAAGCAGGGAAAUCAAGAGUUUCUCAAUGAAGUUCAACUAAUUUCUGGCUUGCAACAUAAAAAUCUCGUAAAACUCCGUGGCUGUGCGAUCAGUGGAAAAAACAGGCUUCUUGCCUUUGAAUAUGUAGAAAAUAGAUCUCUCCAUCAAGCUUUAUUUGAUCCAGUGAAGGCGUUAUUGUUGGAGUGGCCAAUCAGAUACAAUAUUGCUCUUGGGAUGGCGAAGGGGCUCGCAUGCCUCCAUUCCCAAAGUCCAGAGCGCCUUGCUCAUGGAGACAUAAAAGCCAAUAACAUUUUGCUUGACAGACACCUGGAGCCCAAGAUCGCAGACUUCGGUUUAGCGAGAAUGUGCCAAAAUAAUGAACGGAGAGUGGUGGUACACAUUGAGGGGAAGAGGGGUUACAUAGCUCCAGAAUACGCACUGCAUGGUCAGCUGACACCGAUGACCGACGUCUUCAGCUUUGGAAUCGUAGCACUUGAGCUUGUAUCUGGCCGGCAAAGGAUGAAUCCAGAGCUCCCUGCGGAGGAGCAGUACCUCCUUUCAUAUGUCUGGAAUUUGCAUGAACAGAGACGUCUCAUGGAUCUGGUGGACCCCAAAAUUAGAAACGAAUGUGACGAGGAGCAAGCUCUGGUCCUAAUCAAAGUGGCGCUUCUCUGCUCACAAGGGGAAGCUUCUUCUCGACCCGAGAUGGCGCAAGUGGUCUCGUUGUUGUCUGGCGAUGCAGGUGUUCCGGAUGUUCUACACAGGCCUGUGUUUCUAGGACUUGGUGUGAUUGACCCCAACAAGUUAAGACCUCGUCCAAGUUCCUUAACUACAUGGAGGUGAUCAAACUUGUGCACGUCAUGCCUGAGACACUCGCUCGUGACUGCUGAUCUAUCCUGCAAGCCUUAAUGUCUGUCAUCCAAUCUGUCAUGACUCACUUGUCCAUCGGCUCCGCUUCCCCACCAGUUUAUGGAGUACCCACAUGGCUGAGUCUCACGUCUUAAUGCAGUUGAUUUCAAAUGAAAGGACUUGCCUUGGAUACCCAAAGAUGGGUCGCUGAUCUGGUUACACUGUUGCUGAAAUGUUGGAAACUUGAGAAUCUCACAGGAAGUGGGCGCUUCAAAGUGUAAAUCCUCCAUGGCUUGAAGAUAUUCACUGUGAUUGAAGCGAUGAGGACCAGAAUCAAUUUUUAGAAGCUCCGUAGAAUUCAUGGGAUCAGUCACAUACUAGCGCUUGUAUGCAGAACAGUUUUUGAGAGUAUUGUUGUGGACGGUCUUCCUAGGAAUUUUUGUAGGUACUUUAAAUCAAUUCACAAUAUACCCGUUUUAAUUAAGUUACAUCCUAUGUUUUAUAA